CAAAAAAACAAAAAAAGAAGGAACGAAAAAAAGCAGUGAGUGUGAUUAGUUAACGACGACGGAGAAGACAAAGACGAUGGCGACAGAGACGACGACGCAAUCAUACAGCGAGCAAUGGUACUGGGACGAACGCUACACGAACGAAUCUGAGCCGUUCGAUUGGUACCAAAGCUACUCUUCAUUGGCUCCUCUCAUCAACCUCUACGUCCCUAACCGUCCCCGCCCCGUCCUCGUCAUCGGAUGCGGAAACUCAGCGUUCAGCGAAGGCAUGGUUGAUGAUGGGUACGAAGAUGUGGUCAAUACCGAUAUUUCAUCUGUUGUUAUCGAUGCUAUGGUGAAGAAAUACUCUGACCGUCCUCAGCUGAAAUAUUUGAAGAUGGAUGUGCGUGAUAUGAAGGCGUUUGGAGAUGCUUCCUUUGAUGCUGUCAUUGAUAAAGGAACCUUAGACUCUAUUUUGUGUGGGAGCAAUUCAAGGCAACACUCAACGCAGAUGCUUGAGGAGGUUUGGAGGGUCCUCAAGGAUAAAGGAGUCUAUAUUCUGAUUACAUACGGAGCUCCGGAUUACCGUCUUAGGCUGUUUAAAGACUCACGCUCUUGGACAACCAAACUCCAUGUCAUAGACAAAAGUUUAACCGGUCAACCAUUAGAAACGUCAAAAUGGGAACUGACAAAACCCAUUCCUCUAGAUGCUGAGGGAAGUUCAGUGGAAUCUGCAAUUGGGAAAAGCCCUGAUGUUCAUUACAUCUAUGUCUGUAUUAAGGAUGAGUCGUUGAAGAAGGAAGCAGACGCAGUUUGAAGUCAUGGGAAUUUCUUUUCUGCUCGUUGCUUAGACAUAUAGGUCCUACAAGGACUUGGCGUUGUCUUUGUUGUAUUUAUGUGCAACAGGGUAUACGAUCAUAUCUUGGAUUCAUGUUUACUUUCUUGUUAGAAGAGAAACAAAAGUUAUAUUUUAGCAUUCUUGGCUCAACGUUGGUUGCAUUAUACUCACGAUAUCAUAUUAGCAUAUGCCUUUUCUUCAAAGAAAACAACUUUUUG